CAAAAAAGCAAAAUGGCAAAGUAUGUCACGAGCUCGGUGAGACGUAGUGUCAUUCAAAUUGUAUGAAUGAUCAGUGGAUUAUGGGUUGACAAUGAUGUAGUGGACGAAAAUGUUAUUGUAAUCACGAAUAAACCAGUGGAAUUUUUAGAUUGAAUAUUUCGUCAAUACACAAGACGUGCCGGGUUUCGAGGAUAAUCAUGGCUACGGAUAAAAUCAAAGUUGCUGUGAGAGUUAGGCCGUUCAAUCGAAGAGAGUUGGAGCUGGGGACCCAAUGUGUUGUCGAAAUGACAGGGCAGCAGACAAUCCUGCAGCAUCCAACGUCUCUUGAAAAACUCGAGCGAAACAAGCCCAAAACGUUUGCGUUCGAUCACUGUUUCUACUCGUUGUCACCAUCGGUGGAGAACUUUGCGAGCCAAGAGGUGGUGUUUGAUGCACUGGGACGAGAUAUUCUAGAUAAUGCCUUUCAAGGCUACAACGCGUGUAUCUUUGCAUAUGGCCAGACGGGCUCUGGUAAGUCAUACACAAUGAUGGGUAGUGGCGACAACAAAGGUAUAAUCCCCCGUCUCUGUGACAACCUCUUCGACAUGAUCGCCAAACAGCAGAGCUGCGAGCUAACAUACAAAGUUGAGGUCUCAUACAUGGAAAUAUACAAUGAGAAAGUGCACGAUCUGUUGGAUCCAAAACCCAACAAGCAAUCGUUAAAAGUGAGAGAGCACAAUGUACUAGGACCAUACGUCGAUGGGCUUAGUCAAUUAGCUGUCACCUCCUAUCAGGACAUUGAUAAUUUGAUGACAGAGGGGAACAAGUCUCGGACAGUUGCGGCAACCAACAUGAAUUCCGAGAGUUCUAGAUCCCACGCGGUCUUCUCAGUGGUGGUAACACAGACCCUGACAGAUGCCCAGAGCGGAGUCAGUGGGGAGAAGGUCUCGAGAAUGAGCCUAGUCGAUCUCGCUGGAAGUGAAAGGGCUGUCAAGACAGGAGCAGUUGGAGAUAGGCUUAAAGAAGGUAGUAACAUCAACAAAUCAUUGACAACUUUGGGUCUUGUCAUCUCAAAGCUAGCCGAUCAAAAUUCCGGGGGAAAGAAUCGUGAUAAAUUCGUUCCCUACAGAGAUUCAGUUCUUACAUGGCUAUUGAAGGACAAUCUCGGCGGCAAUAGCAAAACUGUGAUGGUUGCCACAAUAUCUCCAGCCGCUGAUAACUACGAAGAGACACUGUCAACAUUACGCUAUGCUGAUCGAGCCAAGAGGAUAGUGAAUCAUGCUGUUGUUAAUGAAGAUCCCAAUGCAAGAAUAAUUAGAGAGCUCAGACAGGAGGUAGAGGCACUCAAGGAAAUGCUGCUCCACGCCACUGGUCAGGGUUCAGUGGUGGGUCAGCGUCGUACAGACAUCACCGAAAAAUUAUCAGAGUCUGAGAGAUUGAUGAAGGAGAUGUCUCAGACGUGGGAGGAAAAGCUCGUUAAGACAGAGAAACUCCAGCACGAGAGGCAGCAAGCCCUUGAGAAAAUGGGAAUCAGUGUCCAGGCAUCGGGCAUUCAAGUUGAGAAAAAUAAAUAUUAUCUGGUGAAUCUUAAUGACGAUCCAAGCCUCAAUGAGCUCCUUGUCUAUUAUCUAAAGGAUGUUACCCUCGUUGGGGGCAGAUCAGCAACAACUGAGCAGGAUAUUCAGCUUCAUGGUCUGGGCAUCCUCCCUGAGCACUGUGUCAUAACAAUUGAGGAGUCUGGUCUCUAUAUGAGUCCUCUUAAUGGCGCUAGGUGCUUCGUUAAUGGAAGUCAGGUCGUCGUAAAGACACUGCUGCAGCAUGGCGACAGAAUCGUCUGGGGAAAUCAUCACUUUUUUAGAGUUAAUUGCCCUAGGCCUGCCACCUCCAUCAGCAGCGAGCCCCAGACACCAGCGCAGAAUAUUGAUUAUAAUUUUGCUAGGGAGGAAUUGAUGCUCAAUGAGCUGUCUAAUGAUCCAAUUCAGAGAGCCAUUCAGAAACUUGAGAGGCAGCACGAGGAGGACAAGCAGGUUGCCUUGGAGAAGCAGAGGCUCGAGUAUGAGAGACAAUUUCAACAAUUACGCAAUAUUUUAUCGCCAUCAACUCCCUAUUCACCUUAUGUACCGUAUGAUCCACUGAGGGGAAGUCAGGGUGGAAAACUACCAGCUUGUACUCCAACGACACAAAUGCGAGUAGAGAAAUGGGCACAUGAGCGUGACGAAAUGUUCAAACGCAGUCUUGGUCAGCUUAAGACUGAUAUACUCAAAGCAAAUUCACUCGUACAAGAGGCGAAUUUUUUAGCUGAGGAAAUGGAUAAGCAGACCAAGUUCAGUGUUACAUUACAGAUACCACCGAACAAUCUGAGUCCUAAUAGAAAGAGUGUAUUUUUUCAGCGAGGUGCAUUCGUAAGUGAGCCAGCAAUUCUGGUGAAGCGGAUAAACAUGGGUAGUCAGGUGUGGACAAUGGAGAAAUUGGAGAACAAACUGGUGGACAUGCGUGAGAUGUAUGAAGAUUGGAAGGACCCAAACAACUCGCAACGAUUGCCAGGAAUGAAGGAUGAUGUACCUCUAAAGAUUCAGGAUCCAUUUUACGAAUCUCAGGAGAACCACAACCUCAUAGGAGUAGCAAAUAUAUUCCUGGAGGUGUUAUUUCACGAUGUCCAGUUGGAUUACCAUACGCCGAUAAUCAGUCAGCAGGGUGAGGUAGCGGGUCGUUUGCAGGUGGAAGUGAGUCGUACAAAGGGUCAAUUUCCCCCGGACAGAAUGUGCGAGGCAGCCUCAGAGAGUUCGAGUAGCUCAGAUUCAACUUGCUCCGAACACGAGGAUUCAGGAUCGAGUCACAUUAGUUGCAGAGUUACGAUAAAACAAGCGAGUGGAUUGCCUCUAUCUCUAAGCCACUUUGUCUUCUGUCAGUAUAACUUUUGGGGCCAUCCAGAGCCCAUUGUCGUACCCUCCAUCUCGAGCACUGAUUUACCACAGAUAAACUGCUCAUUAUCAAGGCAGAGAGAUUCACCAGCAUUUGAAUUUAGUCACACUAAUGAAUUCACUGUACCAAUAAACGAGGAAUUUCUUGAACACUGUGCAGAGGGGGCACUGAGUAUCGAAGUGUGGGGCCACAGGAGUGCUGGAUUCUCAAAAUCCAAGCCAGGAUGGGAAGUUGAGCAACAGCAGCUGGCUAAAGCGAGAUCUCUCGCUGACCGCUGGUCGGAAUUGACGAGAAAAAUCGAGCUGUGGGUAGAAAUACAGGAGCUCAACGAACAGGGAGAGUAUUCAUCAGUGGAGGUUGUCGUUAAUCCAGACACGAUGACUGGUGGAGUCUACCAAUUACGUCAGGGACAACAGAGGAGGAUACAGGUGAGGGUGAAACCUGUUCAGAACUCUGGUACUCUUCCAAUUAUAUGCCAGUCAAUACUGAGUAUAUGUGUUGGGAGUGUGGCUGUAAGAAAUCCUCUACAGAUUCCCCUAGACAGUUACCAAGACGAGGAUCUCAGAAUACUUAGGGAUAAGUGGAGUGAUGCACUUAUGCGAAGACGACAGUAUUUAGACCAGCACAUACAGAAAUUAGUGAAUAAGCAAUCAAAAAGCGAGCAGGAUGUGGAGAGAGAGCAGAGUCUUGUAGAGCAGUGGGUAAGUCUCACUGAAGAGCGUAAUGCUGUGCUGGUGCCGGCUGCUGGCUCUGGAAUACCAGGGGCACCAGCUGACUGGCAUCCACCUGCCGGUAUGGAACCACAUAUUCCUGUACUUUUUCUUGAUCUCAAUGCUGAUGAUUUGUCAACUCAUCAGUCUGGAGAAGAGGUCUCUGUUACUGGAAUAAAUUCUAUUCUCUCCAAGGAAUUUGGCAAUAAAUUCUAUCCUCUUCCUAUUAUCAAGCACCUUGAGAAGGAUGUAUGUGCUAUUGCUGCUUGGGACUCUAGUAUACACGAAAAUCUUCAUCUUAAUCGACUCACACCUCCUAAUGAACGGGUUUUUCUCAUUCUUAAGACAACUGUUAGGCUCUCACAUCCAGCUCCUAUGGAUCUCGUUUUGAGAAAGAGGCUGUCACUCAAUAUUUAUAAGAAGCAGAGCUUCACUGACCGUUUAUUCAAGAGAAUUGUCAGGCCAGAUUGCCUAGCACAGACUGGAGUUACUUAUGAGAUUGUUUCCAAUAUACCAAAGGCUAGUGAAGAGUUAGAGGACAGGGAGAGCUUAGCACAAAUAGCUGCCAGUGGGGAGGAUAGUAGUGAUGCAGAUGGUGAAACAUAUAUUGAAAAAUAUACGAGAGGUGUGUCUGCUGUAGAGAGCAUUCUGACACUCGAUAGGUUGAGGCAGAGUGUCGCUGUCAAAGAAUUACUUCAGGCACGUGGCCAACCACUCAUGAGAAAAACCGCUAGUGUUCCAAACUUCUCGCAGGUACUGCAGCUUCUCAAGUUCACUAUUAUGAGAUUUGAUACCUCGAUGGAUUCUCUGAGUGUCACACGUUCGGAGAGCGUCACAGACCUCAAUUCAGAAUUAAAUUGCCUCCCACAUCAUUCAAGGCGAUCAUCACUAGGCCAUACGAGAAAUGAUGACAAUUUCUUAAAUUCUUCAUCCAAGACUUUUGGAAUUGUGACACAAGUUCGACAACGACAAGGCUCCAUUAUCAUCUCAGCGAGACCGACAUCCUUGAAUCUCAGCCAGAUAUCACUGACACGUGUGCAGCAAUCGACUUUCAAAUCCUCUCCAAAUAUGAGUGGGAAGCUGAGUCUUCGCAUGACAACCCUUCACGAGGAAACAUCAAACGUAGGUAAUCAGGCGUCUUCACCUGUGCCUGAUGAUGGGGAAAAGAGUGAUGCCGAGGAUGCUGAGUACGAUAUAUAUGUGGUGCGAGGAAAAGCAAUAAAGCCUUUAACAACCUCUCGGACCCUUGACUCUCUCGCUGAACUUCAGUCAACAAAAAUAAACACCCCGAGCAUGAGCAGCAGUGGUUAUGGCUCUCAGGCGGUGUCAACGACAAAUCUCACAUCUGACGAUUCAAUCUCAAUAAAAUCGAUAAGUAUCGAUGAAACCCCAGACGCAGAGUACAAACUAAUAAUAGAAGGGAAAAAAACCGAAAAAAUGGAUAGCUCACUGGUGGAGGAGACCCCAGAGGAGUACUUUGAUGACAUCCGUACACAUCUGGAGGACCUAAGUGGUGUAAAGAUGGAGAGCUCCCGUUCCCUAGAGGAGUGCUCAACUGGACAAAGUUGCUUGGAGAAUAAAUCAGAGAUUAGUGAUGGACGAACUGAAGAGUUAAAGAACGAUAUGAAUACAAAUACGAGUCAAACGUCAAAUUCAGAUGAUGACAGUCCACUGGAAGGGAAUAAUAUUGUUCAAUGUAAAUUGACAUCUGGUAAAGUCGUCAGACGAAGAAAAUUGUCGAAUAAUUGUGGGAGAAAUAGUUCACACUUCCACAGAGCCUCAUUUCCAAUGGUCCGUCCACAUUUGUCUGAGGGAGUCCUGAAAUAUUCACCAGGUGUGAAUGUAUAUGAGAAUGGAGGGGAGACUGAGAGCUCAUCAGUUCGCAUGGAGGACGCGACGCUUGUCAAUGAGAAGAGCUCAUUUGGCUCAAAGACGGAUCUGACAAGGUUCGAAUCACCACUCCCUGAGUGGAUUGUUCUAGGAGAGUCUGUUAUGGUGAGGCCUUACAGCUAUUGUGGAGUUAUUGCUUAUAUUGGGGGUACUGACUUCGCCUCAGGGACCUGGAUUGGUGUUGAACUCGAUGCUCCAACUGGUAAGAAUGAUGGUGCUGUAAAUGGCCAUAGGUACUUCACUUGUCGACCAAAAUACGGUAUUUUCGUGAAGGUCGAUAAGCUUGUUCUCGAUAAACGGGGAAGGGCACUCAGAAAUUUUACCAAACAGGAGGCACCCGCCUCCACUAUGCGGCGGAGUCUCAGCAGGGGUGAAGGCCUACACUCUCUGCAUAGGAGCCGGAGUCGGGGAGAGGGUCUAUCAACAAGUACACGUUCAUCCCACCGAGGCAAAUAAACCACAAAAAAUCGAAACAAUGCAUUGAAGUAUAACGGUAUAAUCGGUAAAUGCCUAAAAUCGAGCAGAACACAAAAUAGUCUUAAAAGGAUGUUAUAGUGCUGAUGGUUUUGACUCUGAUAGAUAAAACUAGGUAAUACUAAUUCAAGAAAAAUUCGGUGUAUUUCAUUUGGGGAAGGAAGGGGGGUGAGGGGGGUGGGGCGAACCAUAUAGCAUGCGUAGCACAUUCCACAUUCCAUGAAUUUUCUCUUCAUGUCUUAGAUGCACUACCGUGGAGAUGAAUUGAUGAACCUUCCAUAACCGAAAACAGCAUUUUUCUUUAUUCCAUCGAGAUUUCCCUCUGUGAUUUUCUUCUCAUUUUAUUCGUGAUAAGCUUGGAAUCCAUCGGAAUAAUUGAAUUUCUUUUUUUUUUUUCAAUUAUCAAAAUGUACGAGUACAUUGUGAAAAAUUCAUACAGGAGUAAUUAAAUAGUCUCCCGACGAACAUGCAAAAUUUCAAAGACAUUCCACUAAAGUCAUUUUUGUAAUAAUAAACGUUAAUUAACUCCAAUUUGAGUUUAUAAAGCAUCAAAUCAUGGGAUUAUAAAGGUGUGUAGUGAUAAAAAUUGUACUGAGAAGAUGCAACAGCUGUUCAAGUGUUCUGUAUGUUGUAAAAAUAUCAAGGAUUAUCACCAUAAUUGAUUUGACAUUUGGAUAAAGCUGAGUAAUUCAUAUAAACUAAUUGGACUUACAAUAAUGCAGUAAUAGCGUGCAGUUAUUGGACAGUAAAACAGCUGUGCAACUAUUAUUUCAAUAUUUUCAUUGUCUUAGAUAAAUUGUUUUAUAUAAUUUUAGUAGUGAAAUUUGCUGAGGUGACUUAUCUCAUCUCCAUUAAACCUCAACAAAUGCCAGCAUGUAUCUGCAUUAUAGAAAUUAUUUACUGAAGGUGAAUAUAUAUGUAUCGAACAUGGGAAGGACCUUGCGUUGAAUUUUAAUUAAGUAUUGGUUAUCGUUUCCGUUGAGUUAUUUCACUAGCUGCAGAAGUUGCAAUAUUAGACUAAUUUAGCCCUAGGGAUGUAUCGAUAAAUUUACUUCAAUUGCAUAAUUAUAAAUACAAACAAUAUUUUAAUGCAGCAUAAAUUAAUGGCCAAUAGUCGAUAAAUUUUAAGUAUAUGUCGUUUUACUUUGUUGUUACUUGCUGAAUGGUAAGCGGUAACCGAGCGUUUAAUUUUGGUUUACCAAAAAGCCUAGUCGUUUUAAAAUAUUUUAGAGCAAGAUAAUAUGCAAUAAUUUAUCAUCUACGCAACAAUGUAUCAUCACUGUACUCACGAGUUGAAGCGAAAUCAAAUAACAACGGACUAUAAUAUUUUUUGAACAAAAUAUGCGUAUUAAUAUGACAAAAGCACUU